AUGUUCCACGUGACGCCGCCUGUGGUCGUUUGUUCCUGUGAGUAAAUGGUUCCUCCUGAGAGACUCAGAACAGGAACCUGCAUCAUGGUGGCGGGUUUGUGAAAGAAAAAAAGAAAGAAAACAUUUUCGGAAGAGGAAGCUCUCUGACUUAUUAGUAGUGCGAUGGUUUUUGAGCUUGCGAUUUAUUGGGAUUGAGCUCAGUCUUGAAUAAGGACGGGUUCUGGUGUGGAUUGGACUGUAAAGCCCUCAGAUGAACUCGGGGAGAGCUGCGAACCGCAGACCCAGGCGAGUGUCGAGGCCGGGCCCGGUACCGCCGGACAGAAACCAUCCAGAGAGAGAUGAAGAGGCUGCUGAAGACAUGGUUGCUGAAGAUUCUGGCCCAGGACCUCAGAAUAGUCCUUAUCAACUUCGAAGAAAGUCUCUUUUACCCAAAAGAUCUGUAUAUCCAGCCAAGACUAAUAUGGAGGGUGAUUCCACAUCAACAACAGAACUCUUUGGUCAUCGGGCCAAGCGUGCCAGAGUGUCCAGCAAACCUCAAGAUAUAACGGCUGCUCCAGCAGAGCAGUACCUGCAAGUGAAGCUUCCAGAUGAGGUGGUGCUGAAGAUCUUCUCCUAUCUGCUGGAGCAAGAUCUCUGUCGGGCUGCUUGCGUGUGCAAACGCUUCAGUGAGCUCGCCAACGAUCCCAUACUGUGGAAGAGACUCUAUAUAGAGGUUUUUGAGUACGUCCGUCCCAUGAUGCACCCAGACUCAGGGACAUUUUACCAAAUUAAUCCCGAGGAGUAUGAGCAGCCCAAUCCAUGGAAGGAGAGCUUUCAGCAACUGUAUAAAGGAGCACAUGUGAAGCCAGGCUUUGCAGAACACUUUUACAGUAAUCCUGCCAGAUAUAAAGGGAGAGAGAACAUGCUGUAUUAUGACACUAUUGAGGAUGCAUUAGGUGGCGUACAGGAGGCUCACUUUGAUGGGCUUAUAUUUGUCCACUCAGGGAUUUACACUGAUGAGUGGAUCUAUAUAGAGUCACCAAUCACAAUGAUUGGUGCAGCACCAGGAAAAGUAGCAGAUAAAGUUGUUAUUGAAAACACUAGAGAUUCAACAUUUGUGUUCAUGGAGGGGUCAGAAGAUGCAUAUGUUGGCUAUAUGACAAUAAAGUUUAACCCCGAUGACAAGUCUGCACAGCAUCACAAUGCACAUCACUGUUUAGAGAUCACGGUUAACUGCAGCCCCAUCGUUGACCACUGCAUCAUACGCAGUACAUGCACAGUGGGUUCUGCAGUAUGUGUGAGUGGCCAGGGAGCAUGUCCCACUAUCAGACACUGUAACAUCAGUGACUGUGAGAAUGUCGGCCUGUACAUCACGGACCACGCACAGGGCAUUUUUGAAGAUAAUGAGAUAUCCAACAAUGCUUUGGCUGGGAUCUGGGUUAAGAAUCAUGGAAAUCCCAUCAUUAGACGGAAUCACAUCCACCAUGGUAGAGAUGUGGGAGUCUUUACUUUUGACCAUGGGAUGGGUUAUUUUGAAAGCUGCAACAUUCAUAGAAAUCGGAUAGCAGGAUUCGAAGUGAAGGCAUACGCUAACCCCACCGUAGUGCGCUGUGAAAUCCAUCAUGGACAGACUGGGGGCAUAUAUGUACAUGAAAAGGGCAGAGGGCAGUUCAUUGAGAACAAGAUCUAUGCAAACAACUUUGCUGGUGUAUGGAUUACCUCGAAUAGUGACCCUACCAUCAGGGGUAAUGCGAUCUUUAACGGCAAUCAAGGAGGUGUUUACAUAUUCGGCGACGGCAGGGGUCUUAUUGAAGGAAAUGACAUAUAUGGAAACGCCUUGGCAGGGAUUCAGAUCCGGACCAACAGCUGCCCUAUUGUCCGGCACAACAAGAUCCAUGAUGGCCAACAUGGAGGCAUUUAUGUGCAUGAGAAAGGCCAAGGUGUGAUUGAGGAAAAUGAAGUGUACAGUAACACAUUAGCGGGUGUGUGGGUAACCACAGGAAGCACUCCUGUACUGCGCAGGAAUAGAAUACACAGUGGGAAACAGGUUGGUGUUUAUUUCUAUGAUAAUGGGCAUGGAGUGCUGGAAGACAAUGACAUCUACAACCACAUGUAUUCCGGAGUUCAGAUCAGGACAGGAAGCAACCCAAAAAUUAGACGAAACAAAAUCUGGGGUGGACAAAAUGGUGGCAUCCUCGUUUACAACUCGGGUUUGGGAUUGAUAGAAGACAAUGAGAUCUUUGACAACGCCAUGGCAGGGGUUUGGAUCAAGACAGACAGCAACCCAACACUUCGUCGGAAUAAGAUCCACGAUGGGAGAGAUGGAGGAAUUUGCAUAUUCAAUGGAGGACGAGGGUUACUGGAGGAGAAUGACAUCUUCAGGAACGCCCAGGCAGGAGUCCUCAUCAGCACCAACAGUCACCCAGCACUGCGGAAAAACAGGAUAUUUGAUGGCUUUGCUGCAGGUAUUGAGAUCACAAACCAUGCGACGGCAACUUUAGAAGGAAAUCAGAUUUUUAACAACCGCUUUGGUGGUUUGUUUCUUGCUUCUGGUGUCAAUGUGACCAUGAAAGAUAAUAAGAUAACGAACAAUCAAGACGCCAUUGAGAAAGCUGUGAGCCGAGGACAGUGCCUGUAUAAGAUUUCCAGCUACACCAGCUAUCCAAUGCAUGACUUUUACAGAUGUCACACCUGUAACACGACAGACCGCAAUGCAAUUUGUGUGAACUGCAUCAAGAAAUGUCACCAAGGACAUGAUGUAGAGUUUAUUAGACACGAUAGGUUUUUCUGUGACUGUGGUGCUGGAACACUUUCCAACCCAUGCACGUUGGCCGGAGAGCCGACACAUGACACGGAUACACUGUACGACUCUGCUCCUCCUAUAGAGUCCAGCACACUGCAGCACAACUGAGUCUGUGACCUCAGGAGACUCACCGCCACUCUUUAGGGACUGACCGCUGCCUUUUUUAGCCAUUUUCAUUACAGUACAGUGCUUUGAGAAGUGGCCGCUGCCGACAGACGACUCUACAAGCUUCCGUUACCAAAUGACACCUUUGAAUUUAAUGGCUCCAGGCCGAGCUGCUUCAGAUGUUCACAUGCAAGAGCUCUUUCAUUGUCCAUAGCAUCAUCAGAAACAUCUCGUACAAAUCCAUAUACAUUCAGCACAUCAGAUUUCUACUUCACAAUCCAGUGCUGAAAUGAUUUUAGAACUAAUUCCAUCUCCAUAAAAGAAUUUCCCAAAUACUACAUUCAGAAGAAAGCUUAUGAUAAAAGCGAUUUGUAAUGCGAGCGAUGAAGAGACACUUAUUUUAAAACAUGAUGAAAGCAGCCAUUCUGUUCUGGAGAUGUUUUCAGAGACAGGAAAAGAAGAUGGGAAUGGAAACGUUGGCUGAUUUGGGGUAAACGAUUGCAGGUUCAUAUCUGGAGCAAAAGAGCAGUUUCUUCCUGCCAAACUCCAGACGGUGAUGAAUACGACCAGCACUGCAGCGUUUUUACAGAAUUCAACUGCUAUUCAAUUUUAACGCUUUCUCAUAGUUUUGUAUUUUCAGGCGGGGAAUCUUAAAUGUACUUGAAUGUUUUAUUUUAUUAAAUAUUAAUUUUGGGAGUUGUAAAA